AUGCAGUCUCUGUUUGGCGGAGGGGAGCUGGGGCUGCUGGGAGGAGGCGGCGACGCAGGGGGCCUGAAGGAGGAUGGCUGCGGCAGCGUGGCGUGGCACUCCUCGCCCCUGCCCUCCGACGAUGUCUACUCAGCCUCACACUUUGCCCUUAUCACAGCCUAUCAGGACAUCAAGACGAGGCUGGCCUGCCUGGAGAGAGAGAACACCAGUAUCAAGAGGAAGCUCAAGAUCUACGAGAUCAAGUUCCCUAUGAUCAGCGAGUUCGGGGAGGACGCCAACUCCUACUGCUCUUUUGAGAGCAAGGAGACGGCGCUGCUGCACUCCGAAAAUGGCAACCUGCAGCAGAGAGUCAACGUCCUGACCCACGAGCUCCAGAAGAGAAAGGAGAGAGAGGAGCAGCUGGAAGACGUGAUCCAGGCCUAUGAGAAGAUUCACAUGGAGAAGAGCAACCUCCAGAGGGACCUGGACAAGAUGACCAGCCUGGUGGAGAAGCAUGUCGAGCGUAUCCUGAACCUGGAGUCAGCUCUGAGGCAGAGAGACAACUCCCUGCAGAAACUCAACAUGCAGCUGCACAGCAAAGACAUGCAGUACCUCCAGCUGCACGCCGGCCCAGACACACACAUGCUGGACUGUCCGGCCCUGACCCUUCAGAGCUCCCGCAGCCUGGACGCCCUGUCCGACCUGAAGCUGCAGCGGCUGGAGGCCGAGCUAGAGGGGGCACGGCACGAGGCCCAGGGGGCGUGUCAGCGGGAAGAGGAGCUGAAGGCGGAGUGUGAGAGACUGAAGGAGGAGAUGAGACAGCUGCAGAACAGCCAGAGGGAGAGGGAAAUGACUUCCCCGUGCAAGCAGUGUGAUGUGGAGUGGAUAAAGAAGGUGGGAGAUGAGCAGGUGAAUUUGGCUCUGGCCUACACAGAGUUAACAGAGGAGCUGGGGCGCCUCCAAGCACUGAGCUCCAAGCAGACGGAGAUCCUGAGGAAAGCCUCACAGGAGCAGGCUAGUCCAGUUCAGCGCCACUCUCCCAUCCACCACCAGCUCCACUCUCCAGUAUCUCAGCGUCACUCGCCCAUCUCACAGCGCCAUUCUCCGGUCCCGCCUCCUCCACACCACUCCCCAAUCCAACAGAGACGUUCCCCAGUACUGCAGCGCCUCUCACCAGACAUGCACCGCCGCUCGCCCCUGCUGGACGUCAACAAUGGGCCGGCCUCUUACUCCUGCCGGCCGCCCAGCCAGCACCUGAGGGCCAGCUUCCAGGGCCGUCGAAGUUACUCCGAGGUUGCCGACCCCUCGGCUUACCAGUGCCCACCCCGCUUCUCUCUGGACCCUGUCUCCACCCUGCCUAAGCCACGGCCGUACGUUGAGGGCUACCCAAAACAACAGCCCCAACAUGUGGGCUCUCCUCACGGUGGACUGCAGCACAGGGGUUCCCCAUCUCCCCAUCAAGGUGGUGCAGGAGGAGAUGGAGGCCUCGGGGAGGGCUCCAUGCGCCACUCCAGGGAGAUGCCAUUCCCACUAUCUGAGGUUGCCCACCUUCAUUUUGAGCCCCCUCCUCCUUCCACACCGGCCCCCCAGCCCCCACAGUCCUCUGAAGAUGAGGAGGAGUGGACCUGCCCACAUCCCAUCAGCCCACCGCGGACGCUGGGAGUGCUUUCUGCUGCAGUGCCCAGCGGUGUCAUGAGAGGCCCAGCGUCCUGCUCAGCCUUCCCCAUCCCUCAAAGGCCUAACACCCUCAGCUGCCACCCACAGCCCGGGUACAUGUCAGCAGAGCAUGCUCAGUCCUGGCCUUCAAUCAAUCUCUGGAUGGAGACCGAGGAGAGCGACAUGAGGAGCUGCCCUCUCUGCCAGCUGAUAUUCCCCGUCGGUUACCCCGACGACGCCCUCAUCAAGCACAUCGACUCCCACCUGGAGAACAGCAAGAUCUGAUUGCCAUGGCAACCAGCCCGCGCACACAUCUGCUCUCUCCUCUUAUAGAUUAUGUAAGAGAUUGGCAGACCUGGACAAAUGGAAAGUCAACGCAGAAUCAACAGGCGAUCGAUUUAGAACCAGUUAGCUACGUCGUAAAGCUAUAGGCAGGGAUGCAAAAUGGCACAGGGGCCUGUUUUGUUUGGGAAGUACUUAAACACGGGUCCGUCUUGGAUUUGUGAAUCUACAUGCAGAGUCCUUUACCAAUUGCCCUUAGGACAGCUCUGCCUGUAUAAUCACUGGCUCUGGUUGCUGCUGUUUUGUUAUGAGUCUUGUUGUGUGGUUUCAGACAGUUUCAGGUAUCGUGUUGUUUUUAGUUUCACGGUGUAGUACACUUUGAACAGACUUAGUACACUUUAGAAAAGCAAACCGAUGAGGUAUGAGAGGAGGGCUGGCCAAUUCAGGAGCUCCGCACGUCAAAACAUUAGUUUCAGUGUUUCAAGAGUAAAUGAUCAGGGAGAUCUGAGGCGUCGUUCGCGAGAGACUAUUCUUACCACUUAGCUUUAAAUCCCGUACACCUGCUUGGAAAUUUUUCUAUCUCAAACACAACUGCAGUACAUGUUGCAGAGGAUUCUGUGCAGUAAGUGCCAAGGAGAGUGAUCUGGUAGAAGCCGGCGUAUUGAAAUGAUCUGACAGACAUACAUAUUGGACGGUGACACGUCACGUGAGUGAAGAUUUUAAGUUUUGAAGUGGUGAGGGAAUGACACUGUGAAGGUAUUAUGACUGACUGUCGACCGGGGUUUGACGCCAGUUCACUUUCACUUUUCUAAAAACAAAGAUGUAUGAUUUCCAUGGCAGUUAAAGCAUAAAACAUUCCAGUCUCACGCGUCAUCAGCUGACAAAUCAACUGAGAAGCUAGAGAAUACAAAUGUGAAAGUACGCUUCGAUCAGCCCGAAGGCGGUUUUACCCUAACUGAGUCUUGAUGGUGCCCUGCAGGGCGGGGCCCUGAUCUUGAUGCGUCCUCUCUAGUGGAGUGAGUGGAGGGAAAUUUUAGUCAGAAUAUAACUUUAUGCUUGCAGCCUGUUCAAAAAUCUAAGUAUCUUAGCACUUUAAGUUAGCAUAGCCAGUGUACAAUGUACCUAGUUCAGUCCCCAUAUAUAUUUUCCAUGUAUAAUUUACUAUUUAUACUGUCCGUCUGCAAACGCAAAAAAAGAUAUGAAGAUAUAUUUUUGCAAAUGUUGAUGCACCACACGUCUCGUGUUGGUGACAUGUUUCUCCCAUGUGCUUGCACACUACUGCAUACAGAGGAUUCGAAGGUCGAAAUCCCACCGCAUUGGGUAUUUUUCUCCAUAGAGACUUUAAAUUAUCAACUGGGGUUUCUCCUCGGUCUUACUAAAGAUCUGACCUUUCGUAAACAGUUCUGAUGUCACG